CAACUCAACGCAGUUACACGCAGAGGUUCGUUCGCAACGGACCGAUCUGUUGUAUCAACAGACAGACUGGAGGACUGAAUAAUUGAUGUUUCUCUUACACUUGCUUAAAUUAGCAUUUGCUGGUCAUAGAUUCUUAUGAAUUCCUUUUUUGAUAUGUUUGAACUUGUCCAUGAUAAUGAAGGAAGACAGUGAAUAUGAGGAUGAUGGUACUGUCUCAAAUGAAAUAAUAAAGUGUGUUUCAGAAAACUGUCAAAAUGCUACAACAGGAGAAAAGGAAAAUAAAAGUUACUCGAUGCUGCUUUGGAGUGGUACAAAGAAAAGGACACCAUUGGUGAAUUUCUCAGUUGCAUCCCUUCUGGUUGGAGCACCUUUUAAAGAAUAUGAAGUGAUCAAACAGUACCAUAUGACUUUUAAAUUUGUUCGGACAGAAAGCAGAAUUGUGAGAAAAAUUUUGGCAGCACAUGGAUACAAAGAGGCCCAUCCUCAUAGCAAUAACUUCAACCUGCUGUGGUCUGGUGGCCAUUUUAGACCGUACACAAUACGAGGCCUUAGAGAAUUUCAAAAAGCCAAUCACUUCCCAAGGUCUUUUGAGCUCACAAGAAAGGACAAACUCUACAGGAAUGUUCAAAGAAUGCAACAAUGCAAAGGAACUCGACACUUCGACUUUAUUCCGACAUUUUUUGUGCUGCCAUCUGAAAGAUCAGAAUUUCACAGUGCUUUUCUAAAAGACAAAGGUCCUUGGAUUGUCAAACCAGUUGCAUCUUCAAGAGGACGAGGAAUUUUUCUCAUAAAAGAUGCAAAUAUGGUUCCUUAUGACGAACAAGUGCUGGUUUGCAGAUACAUCGAGAGCCCAUUGCUGGUUGAUGGUUUCAAGUUUGACUGUAGAAUAUACGUUGGUGUGACGUCAUUCGAUCCAUUAACUGUAUAUAUGUACAAAGAAGGAUUAGCAAGGUUUUCAACUGUCAAAUACGAAAAGAAUUUCAACAAUAUUCGAAAUUUGUGGAUGCAUCUGACUAAUUACAGCAUACAAAAAAAUAACGAGAACUAUAUCAGGUGUGAUGAUCCGGAUGUUGAUAAUUAUGGAAGUAAAUGGAGUUUCAGUGGAUUACUGAGGCAUCUCAAAAGCAAGGGCAUUGACACGAAAGCACUGAUGAGCAGAAUUGAGGACGUUAUAGUGAAAACAUUGCUGUCAGCUGAAUUUUCUGUUGGAACUGCUUGCAGGAUGUUCAUACCUCAUAAGAAUUGUUGUUUUGAACUUUAUGGCUUUGAUAUUCUCAUUGAUGAAGAUUUGAAACCAUGGUUGUUGGAAGUGAACCUAUCACCUUCUUUAGCAUGUGAAUCGCCACUGGAUUUGAAAAUCAAGGCCAACCUGCUGACGGACCUUUUCAAUCUAACUGGGUUUAUUGCAAAGGACCCAGUUACAGUCAAGCCAGAUAGAAGAAAGAAUUCGUUAUCGGCACGCAGCCUUCCACAGAGAUACCGGUCCUUCUCAAGCAGCAGUACUGAUAUCAAACCUACUACGUCAUCUGGAGACUUACGAAAGACAUCAAUCGAAGGGCUAUCAAACGAAGAGCUGCGGAUGAUCAGAGAGGCUAAGGAGGAAUACAAAAGAAGGGGGAAAUUCGUUCGAAUAUAUCCAACGCCAGAAUCAUGGGAGAUGUACAACUCACUACAAGAACAUAGCUCUGGCAAAAACAAAGCUCUACACGCAGGAUUAUUUCCAGAACUAUGGUCCAGCAACCAACGCCCGUCAUCUGCGAGAUAUGUUGCUAGGUCAAGGCCUUUAAUUGGCAGUGCCAGCAGGUCACACAACGAAGUAAUCGUCAAGGAAACAGCUCAUGGAAUGGGUUUUCAAAGAAGAUACCUCUGCUAUGAGAAAAAACUGGAUUCAUGGGAUCAAUGUCUUAGCGACAAUCCCAAUAACGACGAAAAGCCAAAUGGAGAUGUGCCGGAAUUCGCUAGCUAUGAGCAAGUUUUGUUGGGGAAAAAGAGUGGUAAAAAUGCAGAUUUUGACUUGGGCAAGAUAAUUGAGAAUGGAAACGCACUAAGUAAAUUUCAAGCAAGACAGGCAUUUGCUUCAUAUCUUGAAAGGGUGCAGUCAAGGCUACUGAAAGAAAUCAGUGCCUCUGCACAAAGGCAGAUACUAGUCUCGGCUGCAGAAGAGGCCAAGCAAGAGGAGCAGAUGAGCUUGAUGCUACGGUUUCUAAAAAGAGCAGCUGUCAAUUUCAGAUGCCCAAUGGCAAUCAUAUCUCCAAGCAAAAGUCUGCCAAUGCAAGAAAAGCAAAGGAUGCUGGUCAGGCAGUUGAAAGAUUUCAUCAGCAUUUAUAGGCAGGAAACAAAGCGGCUUUCAGGUAAUACGUCUGCAAGCAAGACCAAAGAUACUGAAGACAUAUCAGAAAAGAGUUCAGUUUCGAGCGAAGCUUUUCAUAUGUUUCUUACCGUUGCAAGUGAGAAUGAACUAGAAGAGUUGCUGAGCAUAUUUACAAGAAGCAACAAAGCAGCCAGCAUAUUUCUUGGUGAGCCAGAGGAAAAUUUAAGACAGCGAGCUGAGCAGGUCAACCUUGGCCCAAAGUUGCCUUCGUCCAAUGCAGCUAAAGAUAACGACUCCUCGCACUCUACAUGGAAAGAUCUGCUUUUGAAAAGAGACUCACAAACCCAACCCCCACUGAUUAAAUAUAAUAACCAGGCUCCCAAAGUGAGGGUCUUUGGUGAUAGGCUGGCGGCUGACAUCAAACAAAGGCCGGCUUCUGCUAACCCACCUGAGAGUAUGGCAAAAAGUCUUGCCAAAGGCCGCCCCGCUUCUGCCAUGGCUGCCAGUGGCAAAAACGCAGAGAAAGAAGGAAGGCACACGGAUAUUAAGAAGUCCCAAAAUUUACUUGGCGUGACGAAACAUGGAAAUGGCUUGAGCAACCACUUGCCUAGCAAGAAGCGGAUGAAUCACUUACGUCAUUCCAGCGCUCCUUCGCAGAGAACUUUUGAACGUAAAUCACGUGAUGCCGACGAAAACAACAAUUUCUUACUUCAAGAGAAAAGUUACCUAAAAGAAAGCGCCGAAAGAACGUUUGAGCACUUCAUACGUGCUGGUGCACCCUCUGCACCAAAGGUUGUCAGUGACGAUUUUGGAACUGUUAAUGACAUUUCAAAAAGCAAAGGAACGCAGACUUUUGAAGGGCCUUUUGAAAGUCAUGAUGAGUAUUUCAAAUCGCGGGAAAGCAAAAGGAUCAACGCAAAUGCAAAACGUGCACAAAAAGUGUAUUAUGAAACAUACUUAAAAGAACUGAAAAACGAAGAAAGUAAAGACAUGGUGCCCCACCCGCCUGCAAUUAGGCCAAGCAUUAAAAAGCCAGUUAAUACAAGCAGAAUAAACAGGAUGAUGGCAAAGGCAAGGGAUAAAGAUUGACAUGCCAACCUUUUGUCGUUCGAUGGUUUGGUUUCAUAACCGUUCGAUUGAGCAGCCGUCAAGCCAAUAGUCUGCAAACGGGGUACUCGACCUGGAAACAGUUUCUUCGUUGCCUUUACCGACAAACGACAACCCCAAGUGGUAACCGUGAAAGAUGGCUGAAUAUAUUUGCCUACUUCUGAUGCUCUAGCGUGCAAACCGUAUACCAAGCUUUGAUAGAUCGGUUUAAGCAGCAUUGUAAGCUAUCGUUGGGAUAUUUUUUAAUGGUUUCAUAGCGAAGCAGUUAAAUCAUCACCCAUGUUACAAUCCGUGCCACGGUCCUUGAGACGCCCUUUUGCUAUAGUAUUAUUUUGAAAUCUUAAAAUAAUCCGGUUGAAAUUACUGACAAUGCACCCUCUCUCCUCCAAAAUAAUGUUCAUAACACCUUAGGUGACUAAUAAGGGGUCAAUUCACCGCUGAGAGGUAACAUAAACUCUUGUAUGUUAGGGAGAAUGGGUUUAGGUGACUGUAGUUGCAAUCCUUCGAACGGCAUUCGUUGCCGAACAAUCAUCAUAAUAUAGUUUUAACUCCAUGGAUCUGCUUUGAUAUUUCAUAUAAUGUUUUUAAAAAUGUUCCCUUUCUUUUUUGAGGGGCUUUUGUCACCCUUAAGUUUUCUUACUUGGGGAACCGCUAGUUAUUGUGAGGCGCUAGUUCUUUCGAAGUCCUUUUUAGAGUGGUAUCGGUACUUGCAGUCUCCCGAAUCAAUGACUUGUAUUUGACAGACCAAAGUGGCACAUCUUAAUAGCCUGUUUUUAUCCAAGUUAACCCACAAUCCAAUCCAGUGUUUUUUUCUCUAUAAUAUUGGGAAACCUAUUAAUUAAGCGCUGUAGUUUAAUUUUGUUUUAAAACUGAAAACAGCUGUACAUAUUCUUAGUAUUUUCUUUAAAUCGAAGCUCUCCAAAGAAAAUCGCCGUGGUAAAGCCGAUAGGAAUCUGCAUAUUCGCUAGGUUUUAGAAAAAAACAUUCUUUGUUUGUACAAAGUACUCGAAUUCCAUAGUAGCUUGGAAAAUUGGUCUCUCAAACAUUUUUACGCAUUCUGUAAUAAAGUCUUGAUUGUUUAAAAUGUGCUUUAAUUAUGUGUGAUUCUAUUGAAUUCUUAUAUUCCGAUUGGCCUAUGGUCCAUCUUAAUCGAAUUUCAGUUCUGAAAUUUUGUAAUGAAAUACAGUCUUGAUUUUAUAUAAAGUUUUUUAAAUCAAAUAUAUUUUGUUUUUGUUAUAAAGCUCUGCUUACUUUGCUAACCCUUCAGUCUAUCAUGAGCCUUUCUGGACCUGCAAAUGUGUGUCCAUAUUUUGUUAUAAUUUUCGAUUUGGUAAUAGGUCCAAUUAGAAUAUAUAGAAAAUGCGAAAUGAGAAUACAAAAGCAUUCUCAAUCGUACUCUUUUGUGGAAUGAUUGAGAUUAAAAACGAGUUUCUUUUCACAAAAUGAUUUCUUGCAGCCUUGUCUAUAUGUGGAUUCUUAGUUCGAAAGGUUAUGACACGAAUGCCUUUGGAAUUCUGGGAAGCUCCCAAGGGAAAUAUUUGCUAUCAUUUGUUUAUGCCAUGCGUGAGAAACUAUCAUGGGAACAGUUAAAUUUUUGACUUGUUACUUCGCUAUGUUCUGAACAUAUGGAUGUACAAUGGAUGCAUGUUGAAGCAUUGGAAAGCCUAGAAUUUACAAACGAGCUUAUCGUCCCUUGAAGGAAAAAGUAAGUGUUUCUUUAUAUAACCUUCUAUUUUUAAAGCUUUAUCAAGAGCUGUAAGGGAAAUUAAAUGAAGCUGUAAAGGCGGUAGGCUGGUUUUUUGGACUUUCUACCUUUUCACCUUAGAAACAUGAUAAUAGGCUUGUGGACUUUCCAAGAACCACUUCCUCUCAUGAGCUAGGCUAAGCUACGAAGCUAUAGACAAAGAUUUACAACAAGCCAGAAAGAGUAUACCAUGGAUACAUGAUGCAGUAUUCGGUCAAUGGCCUAAGUAUGCUGGCGUUACACUCAAGACACUUGAAUUCAAAUGAGGUAGAAACUUGAGGGAGGGAGUUGAGUACAUGCCCGCAUUUCUUAGAGAACAUAGGUAGAUAGCCUUGGUUUCUUUAAAAUGACUUUCACUCCCAUGUUCAUUCUACAAACCUGAACAGUAUAUACGCCCAAACAUUGAAUAGGGAGGGGUGCUACGUUGUCUGCCUGUGACGCUACCCAGCCAUUCUCUGUGCCUCGGUUCUGUAACUGGAUGGACCAGCUUAGUAAAGUCUUUUUAAUCACAAUAUCGUUAAAAUUUUAAAGUUAAAUUUUCAU